AUGAGCAGAAACUUUCACCAUAAUGACAGUUCGACAACUAAUCAAUUUCAAUCAGCAAACCUAGAUUCUUCUACAGAUAUUCACCAGCUGGGUUUCCAAGAGGGAGGCUUCUCCAGUGGAGGAUCAAGUCCCCCUCCCCAGUCAACAAAAUCUCAAGUUUCCAAUUUGACCAGAACUUUACAAUCAUCAUCUUCAACCAACAGCGCAUUACAACAAAGUCAACAAAGUCAACAAAGUCAACAAAGUUUCGAGGAUCAUCCCCAAUCAACGCAGGGGCAACAACAAAUUACUGACCCGCGAAAAUCGAUUAUCGGCCUACCAUACAAAACUACUAGAGUAGACAUUGGUGAUGACGCUCAAUCUUCUAGCUAUCAGGCUCAUCAUGGUGCAUUUCCUCAACAAAUUCCCAUCUCACAGAACUCUUACAAGCACAUGCCCAUGUCUCACAAUACACCAACUGCAGUAGGGACAUCAUACACAUCAGCUCAUUCCUAUAACCCCUCCUUGCCUUCGACAAAUAACUUCAUAACGCAACCUGAGUCUUCAUCAUUCCAUGACCACACAGCACCAUCCAGUUUUCGACCAAACACAGUGCCGCAUGCUUUUCCAACAACAACCGUACAAACUGAUUCAGUUAUACCUAACAGAAGUUCAUUCUCAGUCGCUCCAGAUGCAGCAUCCCUGCUACACCUGUCAUCUUAUUCUGUACCUGGCAAUCAAUUUCAACAACCAUCGAUGAUUCAUCAUCCAACGCAAAUUAAUAGCAAUCAGUUUAUGGCGAAUCAAAGAAUCCCAAAUUCUCUACCUGCAGGUCAUAUAUAUGCCAACUCAUUCCCUUCGGCAAAUCAAGAACAGCAACAGCAACAGCAGCAGCAACCACAACUGGCUCGUCGACUUCAAUCCUUGUUGAAUGCAGAUAAAUCUACCCUGACAGGUUCCAUCAGCAUUCCACAGAAAAACAGGAUUCAGAAUCUUCAGCAUAACCAGGACCAUUCUUAUCACUCAACACCGCCUUAUUAUGAACACGUUCAGCAAAGUUCACAGGGUCUGCAACAACUGUCAGAGUAUGUGCGUCCGGAACCAGAUCAUUACCUAACCUACAGCGAAUUUCUACAAGAGUUGAGAAGAAAGGAUGAGCAGGAACGGCCAAAUUCAGGGGAGGAACACUUAAAUAUAGUUGAGUUCCCCGUAAACAAUUUAAUCGUCAUGCUCUCGUGUUUAUUGACCAAGAUCAUUGAAGCAAAUGAUAAGUUGCAUCCAAACCAUUUUGAAAAUACUAUUGCAAUACGACAAAAGAUUAAAGAAGAGAGGAAACUAAAAAGGAUACAGCGUAAAAAUAAGCAGAGGGAGUAUCACGAAGAUACAGUUGUCGGUGAAGUUGAAAACGAGGAUGCUGAUCAAAAUAAGGAGGAAAAAGGAAUUGAUGAUGACGAUCGCUUUAGUGUGCGUAUCCAUAGUGAGGAUCGUAUGGAUGAGGAUGAUGACAAUCACGAAGUAGAUGCUGAGUACGAUGACGAUUUCGAUGAAGAUGAAGAUGAGGAAGACAAUGAGAUGAAAAAUAAAUAUUUGGCUAAUGUGUUGGCAUUUCAUGGGACAAAUGUUCCAGGAAUUUCCCUCCAGGCUUAUUUGGCUAGAGUGUUGAAAUAUUGUCCUGUUACCAACGAGGUUUUCUUGUCAUUAUUGGUAUAUUUCGAUCGUAUUGCCAAGAAAGCCAACAAUUUGAAUCAGAAAAGAAAACUGAGCUCCAAUGAUGAUGGGAAUGAUGGCGGAGAUACUUCUGAGGCCGAGCAGUUAUUUGUCAUGGAUUCAUACAAUAUUCAUCGUUUAAUCAUUAGUGGUAUCACAGUCUCUUCCAAGUUUUUUCUGGAUAUCUUUUAUAAAAACUUACGAUAUGCAAAAGUGGGUGGAUUACCAUUGGAGGAAUUAAACUAUUUGGAGCUACAAUUUCUUCUACUUUUGGAUUUUAAAUUGAUGAUCAGUGUUGAGGAUCUACAGAACUAUGGCGAUUUAUUGGCCAGAUUUUGGAAACGAGAACAACUGAAUGCGAGCGAGGCAGGCGCAGGAGGCAAUUCUAGCGGUAAUGAAUGA